AUGGCACUGACUUCUUGCAAUGCAGCUCAUGACCAAGCACAGAAUUCAGCCGAUUUGGUCUCGUCAACUGGCGAGAACUCCAUCGUGUCAAUCUUAGAAGAGCUUGACCAGCAAAGCGAUAGCAUUUGCCUGAAUGAGAUCUUAUGCAAUGGUCCAUUCCACGUGUUUCAACAUGAGGAAGUGCAACCUACCCAGCUCGAUACUCUAUCCGAGAUUCUCGGUCCAGGGUACUGGGAUACUUCAAUCGCCGAUAUCGAUCAUUUAGUUUUGGCUCAUGAUAGUUCACUUCAGCUUGCCAACCUGGACAAUCCGGAGCUUAUCAACUUUGAUGCAGAGCUGCUUACUUCCUCGCGGGACCUAUCUGCAUUUAGCGCGUUGGCUUUUUCUGGCGCCAACACGCCUGCGCCACCAAUUUCAUUGUCUGUUUCUUGCGGGGAGUCCCCAGCAGAUCUUAUUGACUUUACUCUGUCGACCGCUAAGAUGUUACUUGGCCAUUAUCGAGACACUAUGGUAUCAUUCUUUACCCCUGCACGGGUCGCGGCGCAGUCCCCGUGGGAAACAAUGUACAUUCCCAGUGUAUUCUGCACUGUGGGCGAAAUUCAACUAUCAGGAACCAGCAGCAACGCCAAAUUAUCUCUGCUGUUUGCAAUCUUUGCGGUGGUGAGUGGGAAUAUGAAACAUGCAGCAUACUAUUUGAGAGAUAUUGAGGAGAUCAUCAAUUUGUAUGGUAUGCGCAAAGUUGCUCGCUCAUCCAAAGUGCGCAUGCUUCAUGGUAUCUACCUCUAUCUCAGAGUAUUAACCGAGCGUGCUUGCGCCGAUGACCAACGGCCGAACGCAGGCGUUGGGGACCGCCACAUAGCCUUGUCAGGCGAAGCUUCAUAUCCACAGCUUGCAAAAUGGGAUCAAAUCCUUGGAUUCACUUCAUCCGGGUCACAUUCUGACCUCUCGGCAAUUCAUAACAUCCCAAGCCAUCUACCUUACAAAUCAGCAUUCGAAGAAAUAUACUCUGUCCCGCAAUCACUGUUUAAACUUAUCCUUCAAACAACGCAACUGAUGAGACGCGUUCAAAAAAUGCAGAAUUUUGGCAGAUCAAUGGCCACUGAUCACGAUGCACUUGCGGUAACGGUCAAGGAGUUGGAGACCAACAUUUGCGAUUGGGAAAGUCAGACUCGUGAUGAUAUUGAAUCUCAUCGCGCAGCAAGUACCCCUCAGAAAGAAGAAUUUCCGUAUCAUCUCGUUCAAGCAGUCCAAAAAGCCCUGCUCAUCUACUUUUAUCGAUGUAUCAGAGACGUCAACCCGGCCACCUUACAGCUUUACGUGCAGCAGACCAUCUAUCAUCUGCUUGAAUACGAUAAGCAAAAGAAGAAUCACAAAGACCAGUCCGCCAAUACUUGCUGGCCAGGGUUCAUCGCGGGAUGCGAGGCACAGGAUCCCCAUCUCCGAGAUGAGAUUGCCAACUGGCUUGAUCGAUCGGGUCAGUCUACUGGUAUUCGCAUGUUCACUGUAGCUCGUGAGGCAAUCCAGAAGGUUUGGCAGGCUCGGAGCUGUCCUGGUAUGGAAAGCGUUCCUUGGAAUCAGGUGCUAGACAAAUAUAGUGACCUCAGGGUUUUAGUGUUAAGCUAA